CAGUGCUUUACGUUUGUUACAUACGCAGUUGAUCGUGGUACUUGGCGGACGUUAGUUUGGUCGUUUGGUUCAUCGUGUCCUCGUUUCCGAAUACUCGUUCUCCUAUAAACGGUUAUCGCGAUUACUCGCGUAUAGUCAGUAUACGAACACCGCUGUAGGUUAAAUAGAUAACGUUGCCAGUUCUCGACAAAUACAGAAAGAGAACCGCAACAAUGACGGUCAUCACGAAAGCGAUCACCGAAAAGAAGGCUGACAAAAUGGAGCAGCCAUUGUUUGUUGAGGAAAAUGCGGCGGAUAGCUCAAAAAUGAUGUGGUCAUAUGAAAUGAUAGUUCAUUAUUUUGUUACUAGAAGAAGCAUCCAACGUAUACAUGUGACAGCAACAUUUUUGCUAUUUCUUGUUGCACUAAUGAUACUGAUUAUUGGUGUGAUCGGUGGUCUCUACAUUUAUAAACAAUAUGCGAGGACUCAGAUGCAUAGAUUCCGUACCGGCUGGUACAGUAUUCCAUAUGAUAGUUCCAACAAAGCAUCUUAUGGCAGGGAUGGAGUUCAUCAGGGACUAUUGGCUGACUCUGAUCUAUUCAAAAGUCUUACCAGAGCCACUGAGCAAGAAGCGUUGGAUAUUGCAAGACACAUAGAUCAUGAUAUUACAAAUUUCUUCAAUGAGAGAUUUGAGAUUGAUCUUGAAAAUGAGCAUUAUGAGAAGAUUGAUGUGCCUGACUUCCGCGGUGGUCGCCAAGGCCGCUUUAUACAUGAUUUUAACAUUAAUAAAACAGGCAUUAUAGAUAUUGACGGUCAAUGCUGUUUUGUCAUGCCAUUGAAUCGUCAGCGUGUAUUGCCACCUCGUAAUAUGUAUGAUCUCCUUAGAAAGAUGUAUGAUGGUUAUUAUGAAGUGGAUACUGCAAUUGUACGUGAGACCAUGAAAGUGGUCACCCCACCGAUCACUGAUCUUUCAGUCGUUGGAACAUACAUAGCACGUGAAUGCCAAAACUUACCUACCUAUAUGCUCAAGAAAGUGGAUUAUACUAUUGUAAAACGCAGCCCAUUGAGUGGGGUAUUUGGGCAGUUUGCCGGCAACAGUAUCAUGGAAGUUGACAUCGUGAAUCUACAAAACUUUGAGUGAAACUAAGAAAUUGUGCGAAGAAAGAAUUUUCAAUUAUUCUAGAAUAUUAACCACCAGUAGAUCAAUGUAUAAAUAUUAUAUGCUGUCGAGCGAACUUAGGUAAAUAUUCUACUUCGACCUUAGAAUCAGUAUUAUACAUCUGUAAAUUGUCUAAUUUCUCUUCCUUGACGUCCUCCCUUGAAUAUAUUAUAUGUUUCAGAUAUAUUCCCACCUUAUUGAGAUCAGCAUUAUGUCUUUCCAUUAUACUUUCCAUUAGCUUUAGAUCGUGAAAUCAUAUAGUAUAAGUAUUUGUUAAUAACCAGAGUCGUUUGAUGUAUCAAGGGAGUUCUUUGCAAUAUCAUAUAUAAAAGAUUAAACGUGAAUAACUAAGUCACUGAACCGAUAUGAGAAAUGGAAGACAUUCAUUUCAUAUUAAAAUAGAAUUAUCUAGACUGUUUGCAAAUUGAUUCUUAGAUGAAAGCAUUAAAUAUUUCUUCCAUAUUCUUCAAAUGCGUUAUUUAGACAGUUAAAAAUGUGAUGUUAGUUACACUAUAGUAAUAAAAUAUUUAUUACUAUUAUGGAUUUUGAUGCAGCUUGUUGACUGCAUUACGAAUAACAUCUGUGUGAGUAAUCAAUGAAGCAAAUAGAAUAGCUGCGUUAGGUCAUCAACGCUUACAAUAUGGUUUCUUAUGUUAUCAAUGAGAUUGUAAAAAUAUAUUCAUUUACAAAUUA